UGUCGCUGCAAUCCCUACCGCUGGUUCUGUCGCCGCCAGGAAUGACCUGCACCUGCAUCCUUUGCAAAAGGAAAGUCAAGGCUUGCAAUAAGCCUAUACAGGUUCAUUGGACGCCGAGGAAUGCCGCGGAAAAUAUACAGCGACAACGCCACCAACUUCGUCGGCGCCGAUCGCAAGCUUCGCGAGCUGAGGGAUGCUUUCGAGGCCCAACAACCGGAAGUACAGAAAUACGCAACGGACGAAGGAUUCACCUUCGCCUUUAUACCACCCAGGGCACCGCACUUCGGCGGGUUAUGGGAGGCGGCAGUGAAGUCCGCCAAACACCUUCUCGUGCGCGCAAUCGGCAACGCGCUGCUCACCGCCGAAGAACUACAGACGCUGCUCGUCGAGGUCGAGGCCGUACUCAACUCGCGACCCCUGGUACCACUGAGUCAGGACCCGAACGAUGGAGAGGCCCUAACACCAGCGCACCUACUAGUUGGGUGCCCCCUUCGAGCGCUGCCACCAGCCCAAGUAUCGAUGGACCCAAUGCGUUGCUGCGACAGAUGGCAACUUGUCUGUUGUCUCAAGCAACAGUUUUGGCGACUGUGGUCCAGGAACUACCUGUUGGGUCUUCAACAGAGGAACAAGUGGUUGCAUCCGAAGCGCAACCUCGAGCUGAACGACCUCGUCCUGGUUCAGGAAGACAACACACCACCGCAGCAAUGGGUGCUCGGCCGCGUCGCCGCAAUCGUAACAGGGCAAGACGGCAAAGUCCGCGUAGCAGACGUGGCAACCAAAACGGGCGUAAUUAAACGCCCCGUUCACAAGCUCGCCGUACUGCCAUCAGACGUUGAAGGACCAUGAGCCU